AUGAAGCUUAAUCUUUAUAAUAAACUUCUAUAUAUCCCAAAGAAGAAAUCUGGCCUGAUUGAAGCUAAAAGAAGCAAGAAUAUUGCACGUCCAUGUGUCUCGGCGGUUGCAGGUCCGGAAGACAACGUGGCAGAUUAUUACCAGCAGCAAGUAGAGAUGCUUGAAGGCUUUACCGAAAUGGAUGAACUUGCAGAACGUGGAUUUGUCCCUGGAAUGUCUAAGGAAGAGCAGGAGAAGUUGGCGAAAAGCGAGACAUUGGCGAUUAGAAUAUCAAACAUUGCGAACAUGGUUCUCUUUGCUGCCAAAGUCUACGCGUCCGUCACGAGCGGCUCUUUAGCAAUCAUUGCGUCCACAUUGGACUCACUUCUUGAUCUUCUUUCUGGCUUCAUCCUGUGGUUCACCGCCUUCUCGAUGCAGACACCAAACCCGUAUCAGUAUCCCAUUGGGAAGAAAAGAAUGCAACCAUUGGGAAUCCUAGUAUUUGCAUCAGUGAUGGCGACACUUGGAUUGCAAAUCAUCUUGGAAUCUCUUCGCACGAUGCUAUCCAGUCACAAGGAGUUCAGCCUAACGAAAUGGCAAGAGAGUUGGGUGAUUGGGAUCAUGCUCUCUGUUACAUUGGUCAAACUGCUCCUGGUCCUUUACUGCAGAUCCUUCAGUAACGAGAUUGUUAAAGCUUAUGCACAAGAUCACUUCUUUGACGUCAUCACAAACAUCAUCGGACUCAUUGCAGUAAUCCUCGCCAAUUACAUUGAUAAUUGGAUGGAUCCAGUUGGAGCCAUCAUCCUCGCACUGUACACGAUACGGACAUGGUCAAUGACGGUUUUGGAGAACGUGAACUCUCUAGUUGGGAAAUCAGCGACACCAGAGUAUCUGCAGAAACUGACUUACCUGUGUUGGAACCACCAUAAAGCCAUCAGGCACAUCGAUACAGUGAGGGCUUACACAUUCGGGUCUCAUUACUUUGUGGAGGUUGAUAUUGUUCUUCCUGCGGAUAUGCCUCUGCAAGUGGCUCACGACAUUGGAGAGUCGCUGCAAGAGAAGCUCGAGCUGCUUGAGGAGAUCGAGCGGGCCUUUGUGCAUCUUGAUUAUGAGUACACUCACAAACCCGAGCACGCUAGAUCACACUGUUAG